UGAUUUUAGCCACGUUAACAGUCUUCAUUUUAAAUAUAGAUUAACUACUUUUCGGUUUUAACGUCUUAAUUUUAUCGUUAUAAAACAUAAGUCAUAUUUGGAAAUGUCCUAUUCAGGAUCCCCUUGUAAUUCCUUAGAAGGAAUCUGCGCCAUAUGCCUGGGAGUUCCUGACAAUAAGUCAUUUGCCAGUAACUGUCUCCACGAAUUUUGUUUUAUUUGUUUACUCGAAUGGUCAAAGAUCAAAGCUGAAUGUCCAUUGUGCAUGCAACCUUUGUGCUCAAUCAUCCAUAAUGUGAAGUUUGAUCAUGAAUAUGAUGAGCUGGAAAUUCAGAAAUUGGGAAAGCAUUCAUCAAGACCAUUUCCAUCUCCUGUUGUGCUGUUGCAACGGCAGUCACUACACAACUCUACCUUGGCAAAUGCCAGCAAUCCCCAGGGCACCACCAAAAACCACCUGCAAACACCAACCACUUCUGGAAGGAGGCAGACUAUUCACACUGGUAUACGAAAGCAAAGCACAGUUCCUCGACAGUCUGAAAAGCAGUUGAUUGCCCAGAAUCAUCUAGCCAAGGCUCUAAAACCUGGUGAACGAACUGCUAACGUGAUUCGCUACUCACUUAGAUCUAGAACUAUCCUACGUGACGAUAUUGAUCGUGCUUGUGACACUGAGCUUGUAAAUGAAUUCCGUCCAAUCAGUUCUUCUUCUGCUGUCACGAUUUCUAACAUGCUACCAGUAAUUAACGUCACUGCUGACCCAGCUGAGAAAGUGCUGUUGUGGCAUGAUUUUGUUCCGACUGACAUGCGUAACCAAAUGGUCCAAAAACUUGUGGUGGCCAUAAUUUCUGAUCCAGUUUUUGAUCCCCAUAAUCACAUGGAAAGGGUGAUUGCCUACAUGCGCCGAAUCGAAAGGGAUAUAUACAUGAAGGCUUAUUCGGAAGAUGUGUACUUUGCGUUUUGUUCGGAAAAGAUUGCGGAAUUACGGGACAUGGACAAGACUCGAAAGAGAUUGUUUCUCCAGCUGUUCGAAUCUUACGAGGGUGCUCUACAUUCUGAACUAAACCGCGGUACUUUCUCUCAGGACGCGGUCAGGUUAAGUGUGAACCCUGAAAUUUCUUUGGAACCUGGCAACAGCCAUUUUCCCAUUGAAAAUCUUAAAGAUACUGAAGAGGAUGAUCUCAUUAUUUUGGAAGUGCCUCCUAAACCUGUGCCUGAAAUUAUAACAUUAUCAGAUUCUGAUGACGACUAGUCGUCAUGUAAAGUCCAUCCUGCUAUUUUAAGUCAUUCGUUUUUCGUCGUUUUUUUGUGCUUUUGACAUGUGAUAUUUAUUUUAAUUCCCUCUAAAAUGUUAAAAUUUCCCGAAAUGUCUAUGAUUUUAGAAAUAGCAAAGAAAAAUUACCCA